ACAAAAAGUCGUCGCGAUCCCACGAGUCCAAACCGUAGAAUACGGAGCAGAAGCAGCCUCCAUAAACACCCCCCUCUCCCUCAGCUCCAGCAGACGCCGUCCCAGGAAGCAAUUGCGGAAUCUGCGCCGAAGUUCAGCCAGGCCAAGAGGAAGGGGCGGAGCCAUGGGCAACUCCGGCAGCACAGCUCCUGCACCGCUAGGAAAGACCCAUGUUCCAGAUUUAGAAUGGAAGGUUCAUGACUUCUCAGCGCUAGUUGAGACGAAAGCUAUCUCGGCAUUAUCUCCUCCUUUUCACUGCUCUGGGUACAAGUGGUUCCUGCAAGUGAACCCUAAGCACAAACAAGAUGAUAAAGGAAAUCAAUAUGUUGCUCUUUCUCUCGGGAUAUCCCCUGUAUGCUUGGAGCUAGGUCACACAGUGCAUGCAGAGUUUGAGUUGUCAAUAUUCAAGCAUUCAAAAGGAAUGUAUUGUGGAUCCAAAGCUAACUACAACUUCGAUGUCAAGAAUACCUACUCAAACAAGGAAUGCUUGAUUCCUCUUGAGGAGCUACUGAAAUCAUCUACUUUUCUAGUUGAUGAUAGCUGUGUCUUUGGUGCGAAGAUAUUAAAAAUUGAUGUCUCUUCUCCUGAAAAGAAGGUUGUCGUGGUUCAGAAGAAGGCUACCACAGUUCAGAACCUCUUUGUCCAGAAGAAGGGAUUCAUCAAAGGGACAUACACUUGGACCAUGGACAAUUUCCUAGAGUUGGACUCUCAGCGUCCUGUCCGUUCUCCUACGUUUGAAGUUGGCGGACAAAAAUGGUACAUCGGCAUGCAUCCGCGUGGUAACAGGAGCAGCACUGAUUGCCUCACCUUGGGCUUGUACCUGGAUUCUUCGGAUGAGCUCUUUAUCGAGUCUAGGAAGGUGGUUCAAAUCAGUCUGUCUAUCCUGGACCAAAAGAAUGGGAAAUACUUCACUAAAACUACAGGUCUCUUGGUGUAUACAUGUCCAGAAGGCUGGGUAUUGUCCAACUUCUUGCCACUCAAGGAACUCAAUGAUAUGUCCAGAGGCUAUCUUAUAGAAUCAAAGUGCGUCCUCAAGGCAGAUCUCACUAUCUUUGGAUCAUCCAUUGACGGCUAGAUCUUUUCCCUGUGGCUUAAUGGAGAGUUAAUGCGCCUUCAUCCUACUACUAGUUAGAGUUAUACAUAUGAGAUAGUGUUGCUGAUUUGUUUGAUGUUCUUAUAUGGUACUUAUUAAAGAUGAACUAGUUCACACGAAGUUGAGAAAUGAUUUCUAUGUAUAUUACCUUUAAUUUUAUUUUUUGAGGAAUC